AAAGGAAAAAAGAGAUAAGGGAAGGGAACGGUAUGGCCGCCCCUAGGUACGGUGGAGGGAGGGCUUUAUUACAGAUAUUUAGGAGAGCAUAGCCAGAGGCGGGCACAUCUGGGAGCCUCCAGAGUGGUCUGACUGAACCGCUGGGAGGGGGGAAGGGAAGGAAGAACACAGGAAAUACAGUAGGCAGGAGGCCAAAGGUACCAAAGGAGAGCGGGUAACUAAAAUAAUUGGAUUAUAUAAGGAAAAGCCUGUGCGCGAAGGGCAGCCCAGCCCAGCCCCUGGGCUAGAGAGUUCUGGGGAGAGGGUAGGUUGUGUCAAACUGAACCCUGUAACUGGUCUGCUUUGAUAUGUUAAAUAGGCACCUCUCCUGCCUGCUCCGGGUUUGAAACUUAACACCCAGCAUGUGGGAAGGUAGACAAAGGGCUGGACUGUGGGAACCAGGUCUGAAUGGAGCGGCUGAGCUUCCAGAUGGAGGGAGAGUUUAUCUCUGUUUUGAUGACAUUAUUACAGACGCCCUCACCUACUACUAGAAGCAGAUAGGGAGGUUCUAAGGUUGAGAAGGGGGUGUCAGAGUCUAAUCACAGGCUCUUGUAGGUGCUAAGGCCAAUGUGCCCGUCUCAGGCUUCCCAAGCCAGCCCUGCCUGAUCUAUCAUCUGCUAUAGGCCAAUCUGACCUUGGGGGGUGGGGGUCUCAGUUUCUGACCCUAUAACCAAGGAAGGAGGAGGAGGAAAUCUAAAAGGCCGAGGGUCCAAGGAGCUGCCUCAGUGGGCGUCAGGGCAGCCUGGGCACAGCAAGCUAGGCAAUACUCCAGAGGAACUGCUCUGAAGAGAGUUGGCGUGGCUUAGACACUCUACUAUUGUGAAGAAACACCAUGACCCUGGCAACUCUUGUCAAAGAAAGCAUUUCAUUGGGGGCUUUCUUACAGUUUCAGAGGUUAGUCUAUGGUCAUGAUGGGGGGGACACAAUGGUGACGUACAUGCAGGCAAGAUGAUGGUGACAUAGGGGAGAGAGUUCUACAUACUGAAAGGGACCCUAUCCUUCGCACGGGCUUUCUAAACCUCAAAGCCCAUCCUCUGGUGACACACUUCUGUCAAGAAGGCCACACAACUCCCGAUUCUAAUCUUCAAACAGUGCCUCUGCCCUGACUAAGCAGUCACAUGCAUGAGCCUAUGGAGCAGGGGGCGUUCUUAUUCAAACCACCACCGGAUGUUCACAGCUUGCCGGGAGGCAGAGUUGGGGCUUAGGUAGGCUGAGGUACAAGAGCCGGAAGAGGGUAAAUGCCACUGCUUGGAAUACUUCCCCAUGCCCUUCCGCUUGCCCAAGUAGUCUGUCGGACUCGUCCAUCCAGCUUCCCUGCCUUAGCGCCGGGCUGUGCCUGUAGUGUGGUUUGGGUGGAGAGUGGGGACUUAGGGUAGAGGUAGGGCCAGCCCUGGGGAUCGUGAACCUGGAAAGGUAUACAACUGGGCGCGCAGUAUGCAUACACACUGCCUACGCAGACACAGGGCAAACAGUCUCAGGGAAGGAGGGGUUGGAUGGGAGACAGGCCUCCUCAGGACUGGCGAGGAUGCAGAGGAGCCCAUAUCAGCAAGAGCAGGCACUCGCAGAUGCACUCAGGAGGCUUCAGCUGCCUCACCCCAUUUGCCCCACACCCCAAGUAUUUCAAGUUCAGGGAUGACGACAGGAUCUGCCAACACCCAUUCUUAGGAUAUCUGGCUGUGUGGUCUAGCCCCACCCCUUACCUUGCUGGGGAGUCCUCGGAAUGAUGUAAACACUGCCCUGGACCCCUCCCCCAGGCAGCUGGGUUAAAGACCUUCCCCUUCGCCAUAGUCCACGAUCUCCAUGGACACUGGUGUGCAGAGCCAGACUAUGCAGUUCCAUUGGCUCCAGCAGCCUGGGCAGAAACCCUUCACAAGCCCAUGCUAGGAUAUCUCUGUGAUUGGACAGCCAACCACUGGCACAUGCUCAGACAGGCAUGCACGUAUAUGCCCACGCCACCACGCCUGUCUGUAGGCCCGCCUGUGGGCCCGCCCGGGGUCCAAUUCUAGGUCAGGUCUAGACACAGCUUCACUGGAAGAGUGGUGGCAGGUGCUGCUGGUAGGAACAUUAUGGCUGGGGGCGUGUGGGGUCGGGGCCGGGAUGGCCCUGUGGGCUCCCUGACUCUGACGGCUCUAGCAGAAGGAAUCCGGGCUAACCAGGGGCAGCCUGUGGGACCCUCUUCUACAGGCCCUCAGGCUGAGCCCCAGGAACUUGGCCACGAUGCUGAACCCUAUAUUCAAACACUCACCCCUGCCUUUGGGGCCCAGUCUGGGAAUGAAGUGGCUGCCCCCAUCGCGGGUAGUGAGAUCUGUUCCUUACACAAUGCCCAGGAGCCAGCCCCCGAGAGAUCACACCAGGCUUUCCAGUAUUCCUGGGAGGAAGGAACCCUUGCAGACCUUGCGUUGUAUACAGCUGCGUGUCUGGAGGAGGCUGGCUAUGCCGGGACCCAGGCAACAGCGCUCACUCUGUCCUCAGCCCUGGAAGCCCGGGGGCAGCGGCUGGAGGACCAGGUCCACGGUCUGGUGCGUGGGCUGCUCGCACAGGUGCCUAGCCUGGCAGAGGGGAGACCCCGGAGGGCAGCCCUACGGGUGCUGAGCGCACUGGCUCUGGAGCAUGCGCAGGACGUGGUGUGUGCGCUGCUACCCAGUUCACUACCCCCGGACCGGGCAGCCUCUGAGCUGUGGCGAAGCCUAAGCCGGAACCAGCGAGUAAACGGGCAGGUGCUGGUGCAACUGCUGUGGGCACUGAAGGGCGCGGCGGGUCCCGAGUCUGAGGCACUGGCAGCCACCCGCGCUCUCGGAGAGAUGCUGGCCGUCUCUGGCUGCGUGGGAGCCACUCGCGGCUUCUACCCUCACCUGCUGCUAGCGUUGGUCACACAGCUGCACGAGCUGGCUCAAGGCGCUCACUCCCCCGGGAGCCCUAGGGUUUGGGAACCUUUUCACCGAGGGCCACCUCACAGCCACGCCAGCUGCACAGUGGAGGCCUUAAAGGCCCUGCUCACAGGGGAUGGUGGCCGAAUGGUGGUCACGUGUAUGGAGCAAACAGGAGGCUGGAGGAGGCUGGUAGGAGCUCACACGCACCUGGAGGGUGUCCUGCUGCUGGCCAGUGCCAUGGUGGCGCAUGCCGAUCACCACCUGCGAGGCCUUUUUGCAGACUCGCUCCCCCGGCUACGAAGCGCCAACAACCCGCAACGCCUCACAGCUAUGGCCUUCUUUACUGGGCUGUUGCAGAGCCGGCCCACUGCACAGCUCUUACGUGAGGAAGUCAUCCUGGAGCUCCUUCGAACUUGGCAGGGUGACCCAGAGCCCACCGUGCGCUGGCUAGGCCUGCUUGGCCUCGGCCACCUUGCCAUGAAUCGCGGGAAGAUAAGGCACGUGAAUACGUUGCUGCCAGUCCUCCUAAGAGCGCUGGGCGAAGGUGAUGUGCGGCUCGUGGGCGCUGCUCUUGGCGCUCUACGGAGACUACUGCUGCAGCCCGGAGCACCCGUGAGACUCCUCAGCUCUGAGCUGCGACCACGCCUCCCGCCGCUACUGGAUGAUGCCCGGGACUCCGUCCGCGCUUCAGCGGUGGGACUCCUUGGAACACUGGUGCAGCGGGGCCAGCGGGGGCUCCGGUUGGGGCUCCGGGGACCCCUGAGGAAAUUGGUUCUGCAGAGUCUGGUGCCUCUCUUGCUGCGCCUACAUGACUCCAGUCAGGAUGCCGCUGAGAGCUCAGAGUGGACACUAGCCCGCUGUGAUCAGGCCCUUCGAUGGGGCCUGCUGGAGGAGAUGGUGACUGUGGCUCACUACGACAGCCCUGAGGCUCUGAGCCGCGUCUGCCACCGCCUGGUUCAGCGAUAUCCAAGCCAUGUUCAACAUUUCCUGAGUCAGACCCAGGGCUACCUGCGGAGCCCACAGGACACCUUGCGCCGGGCAGCCACUGUGCUAAUAGGUUUCCUGGUCUAUCAUACUAGCCCCAAAGGAGUCAGUCAGGACCUGUUGGACUCUCUGUUCCAGGACCUAGGACAGCUGCAGGGCGACCCGGAGUCUGCAGUUUCUUCGGCAGCGCACGUGUCUUCCCAGCAGGUGGCGCUGCUUGCCCGGGCGCAGGUCCAAACACGCAGCCCCAGCCUCUUCCGCUUCCUCCGCCACCAUUCAUACCCAACAAGGCCCCAUCCACUCUAUGACGACAGUCCAUUCCUGCGCCGGAGCCUCGCAGGCCGAUGGAGCUGCCUUGAACCUCGUUGAGCCAGUCCCGGUAUCCAGAUUUGUGGGCAUUAUCCAUGCUGUCGUCAGUCCCCACUAAAGCAGAACUGCAGAAGAGGCCUUACUGAAGGGUCACUGUGGGCCUGGUGCUGGCCACUGGCGCCCCUUGCCCUGUAACUAUUUUCCAUGGGCCCACGAUGUGAAAACUGUUGCGGAUGGCACACUCUACCUCAAGUGCCCUUUGUAGUCUUGGUCCAUCUAUUUAUUCUUUGCCAAGCCAGUCCGUCCACUCCCUGGAGUGUGCCCGUCCUAGCACUCAGUCUGCCUAGCCACAGCCUUAUGGCUUUCCCAGCACUCAUGGCUUUCCCAGCACUCCUGAUUUUCCUUCCUCUAUUCCCUACAGCUGUUCUGGCUUAUGUGCCCUUUGUUCAAGAGGCAUUGACCUGUUUUCCUGUCCGUGCCAGUCGUCCCUUUUUGGAUAACCAAGCCAUUUCCUAUCCCCACUCAUAUCAGAACCCACCCAUAUAAUGGUGUUUUCUAGACGGUGUCCCUAACAUUCCUUCAUGCUGGAGAGCCCAAGCCAGGGCUGCAGCCCGGGAUUGAAAUGUGGAAGCAAGCCUUCCACGCCCACCGGCCUGUGAAAGGAUGUGUCAUUCCCCAACGCCUUGUACAGGGCUUUACUGGGAUGGCAUAGCUGGACAGACAGGAAGAGUCAGCCACGGGGGUGCCCCCACCCCUCCAGGCUCUUGCGGAAGCGGCUUCCUCUACGUAGAAUGACUACCGUGGAAUGUCCUCAGGCUUCAGGGAGGCCUCCUUACAAACACAGGCCAUGCACAGUGUGGUGGUGAGUGGGGGGCUGUUUCCCCACACUGGGGUCUCUUGGAGACAAGCAUGGGACCCUAUUCACAUCUGCUUCCCUAGCACCUACAUGGAAGGUGUUCAAGCUAAACAUGACUACAAGGCAGGGCUUGAACACAUGUCCGAGAAAUUGGUCACGAUGACUUGGGCCUGGCAUGAGGUCUAGCUUGGUUUGAGGCAAGCAAAGCACUACACAGCAAGGCCAAAGUCAGGCUAGGGAGAGGGCUCAGUGGUUAAGAGCACUGCUGCUCUUACCGAGGAGGACGGGGAUUCUACUCCCUGUAUCCACAUGGCGGCUCACAACUCUCUGUAACUCCAGUCCUAGGGAACCCGAGGCCCUCCUUUGGCUUCCACAAGCAGUACAUGCACGUGGUGCAUAGACAUUCAGGCAAGAUACCCAUGCACAUAAAAUACUCCCUGCCCCUUUUAAGGGCUAAUGGCAGUCUGAAGGCAGGACUCCAAUUCCAGUAGCUUAGGGCAAAGGCUGGUCAGGGCCUGAAUGGGCUCAUCUUAUGGCAGAGAAACUGCCAAAGGGUUAGGGUCAUGACCUUAACAGCACCAGAGGUGGUGGAGCAGCUGAGACAGGAUCAUAAGUUCAAGCCAGCCUGGGCAAUUUAGUGAGACCUUGGGUGGUCUUAUUAUUGGAAUAUGCUUGGCCUAGGGAGUGGCACUAUUAGGAGGUGUGGCCUUGCUAUAGUAGGUGUGGCCUUCUGGUGGAAGUGAGUCACUGUACAGGCAGGUGGGCUUUGAGACCCUCCUCCUAGCUGCCUGAAAACAGUCUGCUCCUGGCUUUCUUUGGAUGAAGUUAUAGAACUCUCAGCUCCUCCUGCGUUAUGCCUGCCUGGACACCACUAUGCUCCCACCUUGGUGAUAAUGAAUUGAACCUCAGAACCUGUAAGCCAGCCCCAAUUAAAUG